GGGUUUGUUAUGCGUUGCACUUUCAUAAACCCUUUUAAGGUUCACUAUUUCUUUUUCAUCAAUCCUUAAAGAGUUUACUACUUUUAUAAGCAUGCAAGGGUUUAUGAAAGUGCAACGCAUAACAAACCCUCAAAGGGUUUGUGGAACUGUCAUAUACCCUAAAAGAGUACCUAAAAGUGGAAUCUACUAAAAAAGGGUUUUAUGAAAUCUUGAUGAAGGGUACAUGAUAUUAAUAAAUCCUUUUGUAGGGUAGAUUAUUCACCAUUCUUUUUUUUUACGGUGAACUAAAGUCAUGCUUUUUAUGUAUAAACGAACUAUUCAGAGGCUCUGUCACGUGCACGUUUUUUCACUGUUGAGAAGCGUAUUUUUGACGCAGGGCAAAGCAGUGGUCUGUACUCAUGACAUAAAAAUUGAGUCAGAUGAUUUAUAAAAGACAUAUGUAACCAAUUAUCGUUAAUUUAGAGAUUUUUCACCUUCGCCAAUCGAAGAGGCUUUCGAGGAAAACUCAACAAAAUUGUCACAUCGCUCUUUUUCUUGAAUCGUAGUGAAAAACAUUUACAGGAUCCGAAUAUAAAGACAAGACGAGACUGUUUUUCAAAAGCUAGACUUUUAGGUUCUAAAUUCUCUUAAGUCAAAACCUAUUUUUAUCCGUGUAAUUAUUUGAUGUUUUUGAGGCAUUCGCCUUAUGGAGAACUAUGUAGAUCUAUCUAAAAUUGUAUGAUUUUUGUGGCUUGAAAGUGUAUUUUCUUUUAUCUACAAGAGCAGAAAAAAGCUAUAUGACAGAUAAAUUUCCUCGCAUGAAUAACUGAUUUAUUGAGUGGUGAUAGCUUUUUGCGAACAUUGCUUUUAUCCAUGGUGAAACGAAAAUAUGCGAGAAGGUACCUAGUUUUUCGACUACUGAUGUGAGGUAAAACGAAUUCUAAUCGGCCCUGGCAAAACCAACUUCUGAGAUGCAACUUUAUCAAAUCUUUGUCUUUAGAUUUUCAAAGCAACUGGCCUGUAGGAACUGGAAAUCUUCCAACAGUUUUCAAUGGAGAUAAUAUUGAUAGGGAAACUAUGAGAGUUUUACCAAUUCAAAUCUGUAUCGGUGAUUUGGAUAAAGAGCGUUUGGAGAAGGCGAAACGAUUGAAAGACAACUAUGACAACGUUGGACUAAAGCAGGUGCAAUACGAUUUAGUGAAAAACGCAGGACACGAUAGUUCAAGCAUGAGAAAUAUUGUUAGUGCAUUUUUUCGAAGUGUCUUAUCCGAUGUUCAUCAAACUGCAAAUGAUAGAAUUGCUUCUGGACCGUCAGAAACAGCGUACAGAGUGAUUGCUCUUCGUUCUAAUGCUAACGGGAAAUUUGUCUGUGCUGAAAACGCAGGAAGAGAUUCCUUGAUCGCGAACCGCGAUUCUGUCGCUGGUUGGGAAACUUUCGAUAUGAUCACUCUCGAAGGAGGAAAUGUUGCAUUGAAAUCACAUGCCAAUGGGCGAUACGUUUGUGCCGAAAAUGGAGGUAACGGCACAUUGAUAGCCAGUCGUAAAAAAAUCAAUACCUGGGAAACUUUUAGAAAAGUUGAUCGCGGCAAUGGCAAGGUUGCUUUCAUAGCAGUCAAUGGAAAAUACGUCUGUGCUGGCAAUUUUGGCAACAGCGAACUAACGGCAGAUCGAGAUAAUGCCGGCAACUGGGAGACUUUCGAUGUAGUUGAGAAAUAA